AUGCUUUUGGAGACGUUUGUAUCUCAGAAUAUCUACUUUAACUUGACCAAUGGUGACAUACAAUCCAUUGUCGCUGUAACAUCAGACAAUGGACCCGACUUAGGGCCCGUCACUACUUUAUCCGUUCCAAUUAUUCCGAGAAAGUCAAGACCACUGCAAAUCAAGGCCACAAUCAGCGACACCGGGUCAAAAACAUUGGAUGCAACUCAAGCAUUUAAGGUGGAAGCCAGAGUCAAACUGGUAAGUUUGGACUGUCCGGAUUACGCUAUUGGCAAUGUUCGAUUUGAUUGCUUCCUACGAAUUGGUGUUGGCAGCCCUAUAUCAGUUAACGUAGACAUGGGCGAUGGAUCAACAUUUUCACUCAACGUUCAAGAAUGUAAAGAAUUUUCGACGGGUCAUGCAGAUGGUACUAUUUCUAGCGUCACACAUCCGGGCAACAAUUUAUACUUGUACCCAGAUACAAUUGUCAAGACGAACGCUACUCUGGUGGGUCUAGAUUAUACGGCAACUACUGCUGGGGAUGUCAUUGUGCAGGUAUACCGACCCUCAUGUGGACCGGACCUAACACAAACGUUCUGUCAUAAGAGUUACUCUUGCAUAUCUGUAAACGAAUCCUGCUACAACCAACCACGUGGAUCUUACUGGCAGACCAAAUGUGGAACAGGGACAAUCUACAGUCUAGCACUUGGAAAGUGUGUUAACAUGGCAACGGGAACCGUAGUGGAGAAACCGCCUGUCUCAGACUUUUCACAGAUGCCAAUUCAGACGUUUGACCUCGUUCACGAGUUUACAUUCACCAUAAGCACUGGAAGAAACUUUUACACUGUUCCAGACGACAAACUCUUCAUUAUGGAUCCUGCUGACGUCAUAGCUAUUAAAGAAGAAAGUGGCCAAUUUGAACUUUUAGACCCUCUUGAUAACUAUAAAGAAUUUUACUGGAGCGUCGGGGGAGAUUGGGAAUCCCGUGCUACGAAUGGGUACUCAAUAUCCAGCACAGGUGUCAACACGAUUUCAGCUAGACAUGCUGUGCGGACAUAUUUUGCCACACCUGUACGUGCAAAAUUCAGACAUACCUACGCGGGGGUCAUGGCUGACUACAAGAACAUAACUAUAAUGGCAUCAAAUGCUGUAACUCAGCCUCCAGUUACAUAUGUUCGAGAAAUUGAACUUCAAAUUGUUAUUUCUGGUGUUGAUAUUGACGCCCCUGCAGUAGGCGCAACGAAUGAAACGAUAGAAUUGAAGAUUCCUCCCCAUACUGGGACCAAAGUUCUUUACACCUGGAAGUUUGGAACAGGUGACACAAUGAACUCUACCGAUAGGACCAUGAACUAUACCUGGACAGAUGCAGGUGUCUACACAAUCAUAAUGACUGCAGAAAACAAAGUCAGCAGCGUCAACAAAAUGUUUGUGAUAACAAUUCAAGAUGAAAUACUGAAUUUUACGACUGAAGCUGAAAGCAUUGCUACCGUGUUUACAGAAGAUACCAAAGUCCUUUGGAAUAUAACUCAAGGUACUAAUGUUAGCUAUCAUCUAUCAAUGGGAGACGGUGUAACGUUUGUCUACAGCUAUCCGUUCCAUGGGUAUCUUUGUGAUGAGGCGAAUUUGAACGAUUCUUGUAGCAUUGUCUAUGGUAAUCUAAACUGCACAACUACAUGUAAUGGGACAUCUACAGGAAUGGAAGGCUUUGUUUCAUACUAUUAUACAGACCCAGACUGGUACACGUUCACGAUAACGGCAUAUAACCUCGUAGGAAACAGCACUGUUGUAUUAAAUCUACCGGUACAGAUUCCUAUUUCUGGUUUCUUUAUCAAUGAGACUGACCCUAUACCCUUUGGUACAUCUAGGGCAGUUCCAAUGUUAACUGACGCUGGUACUCAUAUAGAUAUGGAGGUCUCGAUGAAUGGAUCUCUUCUGAAUACGUCGUAUUUUGAUUGGGCAUUGAAUUCUGGUGAGGCUAUAAUUAACACAGUCAACUACAACUGGACAGGGUAUUACAUAAUUGAAGCAAAUAUUACGAACCUUGUCAGCCCUACCCAUUCAUUUGAAAGGGGGGUUUGGAUAGACUUUCUUAUCACAAAUUUGUCGGUAAUUAAUGACAGACCCUACGUACCUGUGGGUGAGAAUACGACGUUUGAUAUCGGAAUGGACUAUUGCUCUCGGUUUAAUUCGUCCAUUCUGUAUGCAGAUGGUUCACCUCUUGAGUCCCUAUACAUGGACUUGAUUGUUAGCCCUCAACGGUUCAAUUUUUCACAUAUAUUUACUGCACCGGGAAUAUAUGGUGUUAAUUUCUCAGUUGUGAAUCCCGUUGAUUAUCACAGUAGCAUUCAUAAUGUAUUUGUACAGUAUCCCGUGAAAAAUGUCGAGGUUUUUAUGAGUACUCCAGUAAAACUAGAACCAGUCGGUGUCGUCCCUGUGAAGUUUGUGUUAACUUUCCUAGGUGGUGUUCCUCUCGCAACGGAUGCAAGCUAUUAUGUAGACUUUAAUGAUAGUAACACGGCAACAGAUCUCUUUGAGGAACCUCCAACCCCAAGUACAACGCCUUUACCAACAGAGGAACCUAUGACAGGGCCGGAUUGUGCUGCUCUCUUAGAUUUACUUCAACAAUCUUUAAAUACAUCCGAUUUUGAUGGAAACAAUAGCACAAAUGUAACGAGUCCAUCUACGAUAACGGAAGAAGAAUACCAACUUCUUUGCAACACUUCUGUAACAACACAGUUCACAACUUCCAUGAUUAUUACCACACCAGACCGUAUGGAAGGUUUCUUUGAAAUAAUUUUCUUUCAUGACUACACAAAGCAUGGAACAUACGAUGUUGCGAUAAAUAUCUCAAAUUUGGUGGAUUUUAAAUUUUUUCCAUUGAUUCUUGACGUUGAUGAACCUAUCUACAAUCUAGAUUUUACACCAAGUGUUGUGUAUGUUCCCAUUAGAACUAAUUCAGACCUUGUUGUUAGCAUGUCAUGGGGUUCUCGAGCAGAAUGUACAAUCAAUGUUGGUGAUGGAUCGCCUAAUUAUGUUAGCCCAUGCAACAGAACAAACCCAAUGUCAGUAUCGCAUUAUUUUGAUACUGUUGGUGUUUUUUAUGCAAAUGCAAUAGGGAAUAACACAGUCAGCACAGAAUACACAUCUUCUUCUUUGGGACCCAUUUACGUGCAAAUUCCUGUAUCAGGGUUUGAGGUCAAAUGUCUGGUUUGUUCAAAUGAUAUAGGCCCUCCCACCUACCCAACAUACAAUACAAGUGUGAGUUUUGAAUUCCUCUUCGACAAUACUCAGGAGAGACCUACAAAUGCAUCUUAUACGAUUGACUACGGUGAUGGGACAGAAACACCAGUACAGCCUCUACCAGAAACAUUUGUAGCUGAUAAUUACGGUGGUGGAAAAUCUCUUGUAUUCCGUUUCCAGCAUUUUUAUUUAAAAGGUGGUAACUACACAGUUAUUGUAAAUGUAUGGAAUCUAGUUAGUAAUGUCAAUUUCACAUGUUUACAUGAUCUUUAUGAAGCGAUUGUCAACCUACGUGUAACAGUUUACGAUUACAACCCAGACAUUGGUGUUUCCAAGAUAGGGGGCGGUCCUAAUAACAACUAUUUUGCUCUGGAACAUCAAGUUCUUUUUGUUGCUUCACAUGAUAGAGGAUCCCAUGUUACGUACCACUGGGAAUAUGGAGAUGGUUCAGCUUUAGAAUCUAUAUACUACAAUCAAAACACCUUUCAUGAAUACCCUAAUGAUACUACAUAUCACAUUAUUUUAAACGCAACAAAUAAAUUUGUGGGUAGACACGCCAAUACAGGAUCAACAAUUCAUAUUCAGAGGGGUUGCUUUAAUAUAUCAAUAUCUACUGACGACCCUCGGUCGAAGAACACAACAUUUGAGUACCAGAUGUUUCCGGGUACCAUUGGAUCUGACGCCUGUUAUUUUUUCGACUUUAAGGAUGACACAUCUGAACCAAGUCGGUAUUUAAUGUUUGGCGAUUCAGGCUUUUGUGCUUUGGUUCCUGAAUGGAGUUGGUACUGGAACGAUCCAAAUAAAGAAUUUAUUUCUCGUCCCUCUGAUCCAUGGUAUGCCAAUAAACUGGCGAAUCCCAACAACUUUAACAUGACAAUACACAAUGCAUUUAUGUUUGAAGGUGCCUACGAUGCAACGCUGGAAUGUAAAAACUACGUUUCCCAUACCAGUGUGAUAUAUACCACAGGUGUAACGAAGGGUCCUUGUUGGUGGCCUUAUGUCAACUUGACAGCCCCCAACAUCUGUCAGCCGCCUGCAUGUGAUUCUGUUUUUCCUGAAAUGAGAACAAAUCUAAAAUCUGAGAAUCUGAUUGUAUAUUCCGAUGUGAUCAUUAACUGUACAUCGACUAAAGUUGCUUACUAUUCCUGGUCGGUUUUCAAAAUUGAUGAAACUUAUGGAAACGAAACUCAGAUUACAGAGCUUGGAGGUGCUGAUGUGUAUUCCAUUGGAGCUAGGUAUCUGCAGUUGGAACCACGUAUCCUUGAUUAUGGUCUAUACAGAUUUGAGUUGAACGUCAGCAUGAACGAAUUGAUGGGAAUGUUUUCUAUCGAUUCUGUUAAACUAAGAAUAGUGGCUACGCCAUUGAAAGUGUCUAUUGCUGGUGGAGACUUUAUACAAACACAAUGGGGUAGUGAGACCCCUUUAGUUCUUGAUGGUUUCACAGAAACUUUUGACCCUGAUGUAGCACCAGAAGACAAAAACGGGAUGGAGUUCAUUUGGAUAUGCAGAAGGUUGUGUGAAAAUUGGCCAACGUUUGACGCAGAUUAUAAUCCAAUCUCGUCCUUUACCCAUAAUUGCACAUACCAAGAUGAUGCUGAUAGAGGUUGUUCAAAGAUCGAUAUGCUUAAUUCACCAGGAAAAAUGCCUAAUGCAUCUGACGGUGAGGUUAUCAUUUAUACUGGGGAAAUGUAUGAAUUAGACUACGUUGAAAUAAAACUUAUCGUGCGAAAGGACAACAGACAAGCCGAAGACUAUUUAGUCAUGUUCAUAACGAUGGGAAAUCCUCCCAUUAUUAAAAUAAAAUGCGUCACAAACUGUGGUCCAAAAAUGAAUCCAACUAGUCGCUAUUCUUUGGAGUCUCAAAUUGAUGGUUGGACAAGAGGGGCAUUUUUCUACUACAGGUGGACACUAUAUGGUGUACCCUGGGGAAGUAGGUAUUACUUCAACAGAAGGAUGGUCUCGGAGUCUGAAUGGAUAAACCAAGCCACCACUGGGUCUGAAGGACCCCACAUGGCGGUAGAACCCGUUGUAGCACGAUUCACAACAAACAGCUCUUACAGCUAUUACUUCUCUGUCAAAACCUGGAGAUGGGGAACCAGCGAGGCGUAUUGUGGUAUUUCGGAGAUCAACUUCAGAAUCAAUGAAAAGCCACGGUCUGGGAGAGCUACUGUAUCCGUUUCCCCUGGCUCUGGUAUAGCCUAUGAAACGAAGUUUACUGUGACUGCCAGUGGAUUCACUGACUAUGAGGACGGCUCCAGAAUGAGCUUCUAUAAGUUCGGGUACAGAUUACAAGCAGGAAGUCUGAUAACAUGGUUUCACGAAGGAACAAGACCUGAUAACCUUGGCUUCCAAAAUCCAUUUCCGGCCGGACUGGAGUCAGAAAACUUCCAAAUUAGUAUUGUUGUUAGAGCUUAUGACCGAAGCGGAGCAUAUGCAGAAAAGUGGAAAACAAUUACGGUUCAACCACCACAACCCUCGAACGUUAAAAACGUCAUUGCCACUGCUACCGAACCCGGGGGACAAAUUGAUAAAUACCUUAUAGGAGCUGAUAUUCGAGUGGCACCCAUGUCUUUGAGUCUCGCUAAAUUUCUUAACGAAGAGGCAAAUGGCGCGCUAACUACUGCUCAAGUUGUUGAGACAACAACUUCUAUUGCACAGGCUCAAAAUCUAACAGAAGCUGAGCGGCUUGCAAUGGAGCAAGCAGUUCUACAACAACAAGCUGCAGAAAAAGAAAACCGAAUUCAGACACGGGCAACUCUUUUGAAUGGAUUCAAAAGAAUCAAUCCUUCUAACGUGGAGGCUAUGCACUAUAGGACAGCAGCAGCACUCGCGGAAAUGUCUGUGAAAGAGGACGAACUGACAAUAACAGCUCAAGAAGACGCCGCCAGUAUAAUGGAGGAUUAUGUAGUAAAGCUAAAAGGACAGACGAGUCUCUCAGCAGACGACAGAGAGGACGCCACAUCUAACCUUAUAUCUGUCAUAGGCAAUACAAUGCAUGCCGCUGGGUUGACCGCUGAAUUAGCUGAAGAAGAAAGCACAAAUUUAGCCAAUAUGGUUGAAGCUGCGACAGCUGGAAUUGUAUCCACCACACAAGCCACCACUCUCUCUCCUGAACAAAUAAAGGCCCGCCAGGAUCAAUUGUUGAAUGAAAAGAAUAGUGCAAAGAGUACAUUUUUGAGACUUGAGCAGUCUCUAAAUAACAUCAUUAACACUCUUGGAAAAUUCAAAGUAGUUGGCGAGAAAAAUGCAGUGGUGGAAUCCCCAAAGCUUAAUGUUACUCUGGCCAAGACGGAGACUAAAGAUAUGAACUACAAUCCAAACUUUGGCGUUGGAGGUUUGAGUGGUUUUUUGUUACCAAAAACGCAAGCUAUUUUUGGCGAGGAAGGUAAUGCAACGACUUGGUUUGUCGAAACAGAGGCAUUGAGAAUGCCCAACAACCCGUUCACAUGGACAAAUGCAAGUGGCUCUACUUCCACAAGAAUAACCAGUGAUGUCAUCUCCUUAAAAUUCAGAAACGACACAAAUGAAGGCGUAGAUGUAAAGGAUGCCCCACAGUACUUUGAUAUUUUUAUGGAUCGACAGAAUUUCGAUACCACAGUGCAAAACGUCAUUAACUUGACUAGAAGUUGGAGUGAGCCUUCUGUAUAUCAUAUUCUGCCCGUGGCACCCAACAGUUCCUUGCAUAUCACAGUCAACCAAAUAUUCAAACCAGAAGAUAUACAGUAUUACUUAGACUGGCUUGAUUUUGUUGCUGGGGUCUCCGCAGACGAUAAUUCCACGGAGGAACUAGAUCCUAAUGUUACAGAUACUAGCCUACCCAAGGGGGCUGCCGCCUUCUACAUGGAGACGAAGCCCUCCCUAUUUUUUGUAUUUAUCAAAAUGGGAGGUCCCCCAACACCGGAGGAUCAUGAUUAUAACUGCACUUUGCCGAAAACAUUGGAUGAGUUUCUGUCCAUGUUGGAUUACAUGGAUGCUCUAUCGUAUGAAAAUGACACGUCUCUUCCAAGGUCCAACUACCUAACAGAGCUUCCAGACUGGAACACGUGCUUGUUCUCAAAUGACGAAUUAAGCCUAAAUGAAACAACGGAUUUCUAUAUUGCCAUUAAACAUAAGACAUAUGAACAACUAGAAGCAGAGGCUGCUGGUGAAUUUACCACCACAAUGUUAACUUCUACCACCAACACUGUGCCUACCACAACAGCUAGUAAAAGGAAAAAGAGAUGGGGUAAAAAAUGGAAGGGUGGAAAGAAAUGGAAAAGUGGAGGAAAUAAAGAAAAUUCGGCACUAGAAGAUGCUCUUCUCGCUCUUGCUGGAACCACAACAACUGCUGCCAGUACAACAAUGGGUGCUGGUGGUACAACAAGUGGUAAUGGAAAUGGAAAUAAUAAUGGAGGUGGUAAUAACAAGAAAAGUAGUGUCGUUUGGCCCCCACCUGGCUCUUAUUAUCCAGCCGUGUACAACAUUUCCUUCUACAGCGCCUCCUGUGUAUGGAGAGACAGAUCAAAGAGUAUUUGGACCACAGAGGGUUGCUUUGUUGGUCCACUCUCCAAGCCAUACAGAGUACAUUGUCUUUGCAAUCAUCUGACAGCCUUUGGCGCUGGGUUUGCUGUUCCGAUGAAUUCCUUAAAUCUCAAUGACUCUGGAUUUGCCAAACUUGAUGAAAACCCCGUUAUAUUUGCAACCAUGGUCUCCCUGAUGUGUGUCUACGUAUUGAUGUUAAUCUGGGCUAGAAAGAGAGAUCUGUUGGAUAAAGUCAUGGCUGGAUCAUCACCUCUUCCUGAUAAUGAUCCUAGGGACAAAUAUUUGUACGAAUUGACUGUUUUUACCGGUUCAAGGAAAGGUUCAGGAACCACAGCCAAUGUUUCUUUUAUUUUGACUGGGGAGAAGGCCGAGACACCUCCGCGUUACUUGGCUGACGAGAAACGUCCUGUUCUUCAACGGUCAAAUUGUGAUGGUUUCAUCAUGGCAACCCCCAAAUCUUUGGGAAAACUUACCCACUUGAGAAUCUGGCAUGACAACAUGGGAUCCAGCCCUUCAUGGUAUUUAAGCCGAAUGCAAAUACAAGAUCUUCAAACCGGAGACAAAUAUUUCUUCAUUUGUGAACAAUGGUUGUCAGUCGACGAUGAAGAUGGACUGAUUGAUCGAAUGGUUCCAGUUGCUGGUAGAGCAGAAUUGACGAGCUUUAAUUAUCUGUUCUGGCAAAAGACGAAACACAAUUUGGCUGAUGGACAUUUAUGGUUUUCUAUCUUUCAACGCCCUGCAAGGAGUAACUUUACGCGAGUCCAGCGACUCACCUGCUGCCUUACACUUCUAUUCACUACAAUGGUUGUAAGCCUUGCUUGGUACCAGACAGACACAAACUCUUCACCCACGCAAGUAAAACUUGGUCCGGUUAGCUUUUCUCUUACUGGUGUUUAUAUAGGCGUCGUGAGUGGCAUCAUGACCUUCCCCAUUAAUUUCAUCAUUGUUUUAAUCUUCCGCUACUCUAAGCCUAAGCCUGAGAAGAAGAAAGAAUUCAUUCCAAAUAAGGUUAACGAAGACGAGGAAGAAAAAAGCACAAACAAUAGAUCAACAGAUGAAAAUGCAGAAGAACCUAGAGCUCCUACCAGAAUGGGUACUGAAAUGAGUAUUUUAAGAGAAAAGUCUGAACUCAAUCCAGAUUUUGUUGAACUUGAACUGAAACAACAAGAGGAAUUUUUAGAAACUGGAGAUGAGAAAAAGCGUGUAAUGUCCUCAAAUGAUAAUUCUGAUGAAAACAAUGGCGUGAAAAAAAAUCAGACCGAGUUUUCUCACAAUGUACAGGUUGUUGCAUUUGAAAAGGAAGGGGCAACUAAAAGCAAGAAACGAUUACCCUGGUGGUUUAUCUAUGUAGGAUACGUCCUGUCCUUCAUUACAGUCGCCGUAGCAUUUUACUUUGCUGUGGAAUUCGGAGGUGUCUUUGGUCUUAAUAAAUCAGUCAGUUGGUUGAUAGGUUUCAUCAUGUCUUUGUUUGAGUCAGUAUUCUUCUCCCAACCAAUCAAAGUAAUUAUUUUUGCAAUCUUCUAUGCACUUGUCAUAAAGAAACCUGAGGCGCAAGACGACGAUGAUGUACCUUUAAAACCAGACUUAAGUAAGGACGAAGAAUACCUUCAUGAUCAUCUCACAGAGAAAGACUUAGAGGAUCCUAAGAAGCUUCGAAUGCUGGAACAAAGGAAAACUCAAGCAACUCUGCCGCCAGAACUGGACUUCUUAAAAACUAUUCGUGAGGAAAGGCAAAAGGAGCUUGCCAUGUAUGCCAUGUUCAAGGAGAUAGGAAUCUGCAUUAUGUUCCUGUAUAUUGUACUAACAAUUGCCUACGCCAACAGAGAUCCUUGGUCAUAUAUACAGUAUAGUAACUACGAGAACAUUCUGAACAAAGGCACAUUUGCUCGAGAAAUCGGAAACUAUACUGUUUCUUUCAUUGAUAUCAACUCACGGGAUCAAUUUUGGAACUGGAGUGAAAAUGCCCUUUUACAGGGGUUGUAUAAUAACAAGUUCUACAACGGUGAUCCAGUUAUUGACAAACUCAUAAUCGACAAACAAAGUAUACUGGUCGGUGGAGCAAGAUUACGCCAGCUGAGAAUAACCCCAGAAUUGUGCUUUAUCCCACUGAAUUAUUUUGCCAAAGAAUGCAUGCCUUCUUAUGAUAUGUUUUAUGAGGACAAAACAAACUACAAACUACGAUGGAACCCAGUGAACGAUUCAGAUCCGACCGAUUUCCCUCACCCCUUCUUCAGUUACCAAUCGAUGUGGGAACUUUCUGGCUAUCCCUACCAAGGAAUUUUCGAAACUUAUAAUGGUGGUGGAUAUGUGGCUGAGCUGGGCGCCACAUUUUCAGAGGCUGAGAUGGUACUGAAGUUCCUCAAAGACAACUCAUGGGUUGACAAGCGAACAAGAGCUGUGUUCAUUGAAGCCAAUAUAUUUAAUCCUAACAUGAAUUUGUGGGGCAUUUCUUUAUAUCUCUGUGAAUUCCUACAGACCGGAGCCAUUGAACCGUUCCCCAGGGUCCAUGUCUUUAGAUUAGACCGGUAUAUUAACAACGACUAUAUGUACUUUGUCUUGGCCAUUGAAAUUUCUGCAUUGGCUUUUGUCAUCUUCUACACUGUAAAAGAAGUUAAGAAAAUGAAAGAACAGGGCAAAAAAUACUUCAAGCAAUUCUGGAACAACUUUGAGGUGGCAAUCCUGCUAAUAUCUUACUCUAUUGGCUUGAUGUUUAUCUGGAGAGCAGUUCUUUGCGUUAGAAUGCUAAAUAAAAUUGACGAAAACCCUACGAGUUUUGUUAAUAUGCACUUUACAGUUAUGCUGGAUGAUCUUUCCAGUUGGUUCAUCGCUUUCUUGGUCUUUCUUCUGAAUGUCCGAUUUCUCCGACUGCUUCGUUUUAAUAGGAAAAUCUCUUUACUAAGCAGUACGCUACGACAUUCCGCAAAAAUGCUUAUCAGUUUUAGUUUUGUCUUUAACAUCGCCUUCCUUUCCUUUGCCUGCACUGCAUACCUUUUCUUCAUGUCAAAACUGUUUGAAUUCCGAUCUUAUAUGGUAACUCUGGAGACUUUGCUGUCAAUGAUGUUAGGCAAGUUUGACUAUGAGGCAGCAUACAGUGCAACUCGAAUUACUGGACCUCUGCUGUUUGGAUUCUUCAGCAUUUGUUUCAGCUUUAUUCUCAUCAAUUUCUUUCUAACUAUUUUGAUGGAGGCCUUCGAGGCAGUGAGAAGAGACCCGGCCAAUCAGUCCAAUGAGCAUGAGGUUAUAGAUUAUAUGAUGAAGAGACUUAAGAUGGUAUUAGGUGUAGGAACUCCACCAAGACGAAAAGUUGCUCAUAUGUACAAAGAUCCACGAUUGCAACAGUACAUUUACAUUGAAGGAAAAACAUCAGACCAAGAAAAACUCCAGGAGCUAGACGAAAAAGUCGACAAAGUCAUUAACAAAAUGGAAGGAUUUGUUGAAUGCGAUGACGAAGUUAAAGAUGAACUUGAAACGGAAAUGGAAGAAGUCAAGAAAAAACGGAGAAGAAGAAUAGUGAUUGGAUGAAGACAUUUAGCGGGAUAAAUUGCUUUGUAUGGGAUAGAAUAGUUUUUUCCCCAUUUUUUUUCCGUUUCGUACCUAGUAUUAAUUUUUGACGAUAAAUAAUUGAAUAAUGUUGUUCCUAUAACCAGUAAUCUCACUGUGGAAAGUAUAUUUUGUACAAGUAAUAAUUUUACAAAGUAAUAUCUCAAGUAAAUUGAGUAAUUUGCGAUGGCAAGGCUUCUGACACAAGAACUUAUUCUUAUCAUUUCUAAGUAGUUUAUAUUUAGUUGCUUCUUACCGAAUUAUCUUUUUAUAAUUUAAUAAAAACUUCUUUGUGCAUAUUAUUCAUUUGAAAAUUAGUAUUCGUUUGCAAUGUUUCUUGACGUUUCAUGUCCGCCAUGAAUAAAAUAUUGUUUCUGAUUUCUUGUUGAAAUUUA